GCCCUCGGCUUCCCCUUCUGCACAGCCCCGAGCAGCGGCUGGCCGCCCAGCUGGGGAAUGCACCUGCAUGGUCUGGCACCUUGCUAAGGCCAUGCUGCCGCUGCUGCUGCUGUCCCUGCUAUCAGACGGGUCUCGGGCUCAGGACUGGCUGUACAAGGUGCAGGUGCCGAGCCUCGUGAAGGUGCAGGAGGGCCUGUGUGUCUUCCUGCCCUGCUCUGUCGAGUACCCCAAGGAUGGCUGGACGGACACCACCCCGGCCUAUGGCUACUGGUUCACGAAACUCACUGACACGCUCAAGGGCGCUCCAGUGGCCACAAACCAUCCGGACAGAGAGGUGCAGGAAUCUGCCCGGGGCCGGUUCCUGCUCGUGGGUGACCCCAGCAAGUACAACUGCUCCCUGUUGCUCAGAGAGGCCCGGAGGGAAGACAUGGGCUUGUAUGUCUUCCGGCUGGAGAGGGGAGAGAGAGUGAAAUAUAAUUUCAAGCAAUGGCUCAUGCUGGAGGUGACAGCCCUGACUCAGAAACCGGACAUCUUCAUCCCUGAGGCGCUGGAGCCCGGGCGACCAGUGAAGGCCCUCUGCGUGUUUAACCUGACCUCUGAGCUGUGUCCAGCCCCCACUUUCUCCUGGACGGGGGCUGCUGUGACCACCCAGGGGAUCCAGCUGCGGAGCGCCCACUACUCGGUGCUCAGCUUCACCCCCAGGCUUCAGGACCAGGACACUGAACUCACGUGCCGGGUAGACUUCAUUCUGUCGGCCAGGAGCACCCAGGAGACCGUCCACCUCCACUUUGCCGUCCUGAAGCCCCAGGAAGGCACCACUCACCUGGAAACCCAGCGAGGCCAGUACCUAAGGCUUGUCUGCACUGCCGCCAGCCAGCGCCCCGCCACGCUGACCUGGCUCCUGUGGGACAGAGUCCUCGCUAGGUCUCUGCCCUCGAAUCCCACGUCCCUGGCGCUGGAACUGCCGGUGCUGAAGCCUGAAGAUUCAGGGCGCUACACCUGCCGGGCUGAGAACAGAUGGGGUUCGAGUCAACGUAGCCUGGACCUGGUUGUGAACUACCCUCCGGAAAAGCUGACUGCAAUGCUUGCCCAAGGAAACAGCACAGUCAUGGAUAACCUCCGGAACGGCUCGGUCCUCCCGGUCCUGCAGGGACAGCCCCUGCGCCUGGCCUGUGUAGCCCGCAGCAGUCCCCCAGCCGUGCUGAGCUGGACCUGGGGCACUCAGGCCCAGAGCAUCCUGCCACCCUCAGAGCCAGGGGUCUUGGAGCUGCCGCAGGUGCAGCCAGAGCACGAAGGAGAAUUCAGCUGCCUGGCUUGGAACAAGCUGGGUGCCCAGCGCCUCUCUCUGUACCUAGCUGUGCACUAUGAAGGGGGCUUCGCACCCACAGUGUUCUCCAAGGGGGUGUGCUUGGGAAUCGGCGUCACCACCCUCCUCUUCCUCUGCCUCAUCCUGAUCAUCGUGAAGACGCUCCGGAGAAAACCAACCCUGGCGGACGGCUCGAGGGCCAAGGUGACGCGGCGCAGCACCUUCCUGGAGUACAUCAACGUGGUCCCCAAGGCUCAGAGUCACAAGGGCAGACCCAGCAGACCUUCCCAGGACCCGGCUCCAGGUACGGCUGCCCUCGCCCAGGAACACAAGAAGAACCCAAAGGGGUUGCACGCUGUAUCCGGGAGCUGCCAGGAGGAGCUACACUACGCCGCACUCAACUUCCCCAUCCUCAGACCCCGGGACUCCCCGAAGUCUGAAGAUGCCCAUGUAGAUUAUGCAGAAGUCAAGUUCCACUGAGGAGCUCCUGGGUUUCAGAACGGGGACUCCAACAAACGGGGUGCAAAGGCCCAGUGUCUCUCUUGCAC